AAUGCUCUAGUGGAGUGCAAAGCAUUGCAAAGACAUUUGCAAUAGCUGCGUGUUGAACCCGUUUAAAAGACUUUCUCUUCUUCGUGGUCUUGCACAUUGAAGAGCUACCAUGUCUGUGAACCCGAGUGAGGGAUCUGGUUCGGAAGGGAAGUGGUUUGGCGAGGAUUUCGAGCAGAUAGACCGCUUUGGGAGAAGUGUACCCCGGUUUGGAGAGGCGGAUGCGGAGCUAGCUGCUGACCUGAAGCAGAAAAGCUGGAAAGAUGAGGCCGCCGAUCAGCAGCAAUUACAACCUGAGAGCAAUCAGCAAAGUCCUGCACCAGUUACCAUGGAAACUGCAUCCACAGGAGGGGAUUCAUCAUUACUAUUCCAGAAACUGACCACACAAGAAGAUCCAGAGGACAUGUACUCUGAUGGCCUCGCCCCACUGGCCUCCAGAAAAUCAACCAGGGACGACGGGGCUCUAUAUACUUCACUGCUUUCCAACCACAGCUACUCAAACCAGCAGGAAACCUCCUAUUUCACAGGAGAUGUGAAAAGGGAGCACACGCCUGAACUUAAACCUUCCCGGGACAGGAUCCCGAGCUUUGAAUCCCACACCAUGUUUAGUUCAGACUCGGGAAUGGAGGUGACCCCCGGGGAAUCUGUUGAUGUUGCCAAAAAACUCAUGGAGUCGGAAAAAAUGGAGGCUUACAACUACAUUUACAUCAGCUCCUCCGAAGACGUGCGGCCGCAGCAGCAGCAGGAGGAGGAGGAGGAGGAGGAGAAGGAGGAGGAGGCAAACUGGACAGAGAAAACUGAUGGAGUGAAAACCGCUUCCCAAAUGUUGACUAAUUUAGGGGAUUAUUCUGAGAAAAAGUCAUCCGAGGUGGUUGAGACAGUGGGGGCGGCUCUAGAGAUGCACUCGUGCCCCUACGUGGAAGAACCGUCUGAUCAAGAGCUUUCCAAUUAUCAGUCUUUUGGGAUCAUGGGCACACCCCAGAAAGUCAGCUCUGUGAAAAUCACACUCACAGAGAUAGACACUGUAGUGGAACCCAAGGUUACGGUGUCAGAAAGGGACAGUAUCCUGAGUAUUGGGCUAGAAGGAGUGCCAACUGUCACCCUGUCGGAGCCAGAAGAUGACAGCCCAGGGUCCUCAACCCCACCAUAUACAGAAGAGUCGGACUCUCCGAGCGAGUUUGCAUUCCACAUGGGGGAGAACAAGCAGCCUGGGUGUCCUGUGACGGGUCAGGAGGCUCCUCCAGCCCAGGGGCCUCCCAGUCCCACCACAGGGAAACACACAGCUUCCCCCAAACCUCCUGCCUUGUCAUCGUUCCCGUCAUCACAGGAUCAGGAAGGGAGCAGUGCAGAGUCUGGGGAUUCGGAGAUAGAGCUGGUGUCGGAGGAACCUCUGGCUGCAGAAGAGCUGGGGAGAUCCAACUACAUGACAUUUGGUCAGGUUGGCGGACCUCCCCCAUCUCCCACCUCACCUUCCAUCCAGUACAGCAUCCUUAGGGAGGAACGAGAGGCGGAGCUUGACAGCGAGCUCAUCAUCGAGUCGUGCGACGCUUCGUCUGCCUCAGAGGAAAGCCCUAAGAGAGAACAAGACUCCCUAGUGAUGAAACCCCUUGCAGGGGACAGUAAGCUUGGUGAAUGUCUGCCGGCGAGCCACCCGAUAGCAACAGAGUUUCAGCCGGCCACUUUGAAAGAGAAACAAGCCAGCGAAAAGAUGAAGAAUUUAAUAAACUCUGAGGACAGUGCUGCCAAGUCAAAGCACAGUUUCGUCACCCCGGAGGUGAGAGCCGAGCAUCCGACCGCAGAGGAGAAGGUGUCAAGGAAAUCAUCCCAAACCAAACCUGCCACGGCAGAAGCAGCCUGCAAAAAGGAGGCUCAAGUCAAGGAGUCUGGAGCUGAAAAAACUGCCUCCCCGGAGUUGUUUGAUUGGCAGAAAGCUAUUGACUUGCUGUACUGGCGUGACCUCAAGCAGACAGGGAUCCUGUUGGGCAGCCUGCUCCUGCUGCUCUUCUCCCUCACCCAGUUCAGCGUGGUCAGUGUCAUCGCAUACCUCGCACUCGCUGCCCUCUCAGCCACCAUCAGCUUCAGAAUCUACAAGUCAGUCCUGCAGGCCAUACAGAAGACUGACGAAGGGCAUCCUUUCAAAGCUUAUUUGGACCUGGAAAUCUCCCUCUCCCAGGAACAGAUCCAGAAAUAUGCAGACAAUGCCCAGCUGUACCUGAACAGCACCUUGAAGGAGCUCAGGAGACUCUUUCUGGUGCAGGACCUGGUGGACUCUUUAAAGUUUGCAGUGCUAAUGUGGCUGUUGACGUACGUCGGUGCUCUCUUCAAUGGCUUGACACUGCUCAUAAUGGCUGUCAUCUCCAUGUUUACUAUGCCUGUGGUUUACGAGAAAUACCAGGCACAGAUUGACCAGUAUUUGGGGCUUGUGAGGACUCACGUCAAUUCUGUGAUUGGAAAGAUUCAGGCUAAAAUUCCAGGUGCCAAGAGCAAGGCCGAAUAGAGACCAUCACACAAGGGGUGCCAUCAUCCCAGAACAAGGGAGGAUUGAACCCGGAAGGGCUUCCAAAUUCCCAGUUUACUGGAGUGUGGUACCAUUCGUCAGCACCUUGAUGAUGGAAACACAUAGCACUGGAGCAGCCCCUACCAGUGCUGUCUCUAUAACCUUCGAUUUAUCACUCGUUCAAGCACUAUAGUAAGGAAAUAAAAGUUAAAACAAGAAAACAAAAAAACAAAAAAAUGUACUAGAUGUGUUUUUUUGUGUUGGUUAUCAAGUGCAUGUUAGGAGUCUUGAGUAAUACUAUUUGAUAUACCUUUUGUGUUUCUUUCUGCUACUUUUGAGCAGUGUUGAUAAGUUUUGAUGUUCUAAGUGUGUGGCAAACGCUUUUCCUGCUUUAGUGCAAUGCUGCAAUAGUUUAAAUUGCUUUUAUGUCACUGGUGGGGCUUCACGCACACAUUAUAUAUAUAUAUAUAUAUAUAUAUAUAUAUAUAUAUAUAUAUAUAUAUAUAUAUAUAUGUGUGUAUACUAACGUUUUUGGUGUUUUCCAGCACAAAAGAAAAAUGUACUGAUUAGGUAUGGUAACUGUAACAUUUGGUUUUGUAUAACUAUAAGGAACUACACUACUCAUGUUUUUAGGUACUAUUGUUGAACUACUAAAAAAGAACAAAAGGAACCUAGAGACUGCCAGCUUGUUAAAUCUGUCGAACUCUGUACAAUGUUCAGUGUAGUUCUUCAUGGCCAUGGACUAAUUAUUUGCACUUAUUAUGUACUCAUUAAUGAAUGCGAAAAUAAAUGUACCUAAUUGUAA